AUGCCGCAGAAGGCUCAGCGCGAUGACGCGAGCCGGUUCCACUGCCCGUUCCCGGGCUGCACGCGCUCGUUCGCCGAGCUGUGGCGUCUGAAGGUCCACUUCAGGGCCCCGCCGGACGUCCGCGGCUCCGGUAAGGAGCGAGGCCACGGCCGCGAGCUCGACCGGUGCCCCAAGUGCGCUGAGGAGCUCAAGCCGGGCAAGCACCACAUCGGAUGCUCGGCGUCUCGCAAGAACAACAAGCGGAAGGCCGAGGCCGCCGCGCCGCAGCCACUGGCCACCUCCCAGGAGCGAUCGGGCUCCGCGGGCUCCACGGCGCGCCACGACGAGAUCAACGACGCCCAGCUGCCGCACUUCAACCUCGACACCGUCCCGGAGCCCCUCAUCCUCGACGCCGCGGCCCACCCGCCCCGCGUCACCAACGCAGCCCCCGCCCCAAGGGACUGGUCCCUCCACCCGAACGCCGAGGGCGGCUUCACCGCCAUCGGCUACCCGCUCUCCUCCCUCACGCACGAGGAGCUCGAACGCCUCGAGGGCUGCGCGCCGGGCCGCCCCAGCGCUGCGCGGCCGGCCUACGACACACCCCACCACCUCCUGCACGGCCCGGACGACCACGCGCACGCGCACGGCCACGAGCGCGCCCCGAAGCGCCACUGCCCCGCGCCGUACGUGCCGCGCGCGACGAGCGGGUACGACUACGCCGCGGCGCACCUGCACGCGCCCGCGACGGCGGGCCCCUCAGUGCUGCCGGCGCCGGCGGCGGCCGCGCACGCGGAGCACGACGACGACCCGCUCGGGUUCGGGAUCGAGAGCCUCGACGACCACACGCUCGGCGGGCUCCUGGAGCGCUACGCCGAGCCGCUGGACAAGCAGGACAAGAGCCUGCCGCGCCCGUCGUCGUUCGGGCAGCUGCUCGACCUCAUCCACCUGCAGCCGUGCGAGUGA